GCAGGUUGUGGUGAAUUUACAGAACGUGUCACAUGACCUGGAAUCAGAUUCAGGACCUUAUCAGAUCAGGGAGAAGUGACACAUUGUAACGUUCCUCCUGUUCCAUCACACUGUGCAGUCCGCGGGCUCAGCAGCGGGGCGAGGAAAAUGGCUUACAUGGGAAGGGUCAUGCGGGCAAUUCGGGUCAUGGAGUUUGGGAAACCUGAGGUUCUGAACUUCUUUAAAGAUGUCCCAGUCCCUUCACCAGGACAGAACCAGCUUUUAAUCCGAGUGCACGCAUGUGGAGUUAACCCCGUGGACACUUACAUCAGAGCUGGCAUGCUUGAACCAAAGCCCAGGUUACCCUUCACGCCCGGUUUGGACACAUCAGGGGUAGUGGAGGAUGUUGGCAGCAGUGCCAGCUCAUUCAAGAAAGGAGAUCGCGUGUUCACCACAAAUACAAUCACGGGGGGAUAUGCGGAGUACGCCGUCGCCUCUGAAGAUACGGUCUACCAACUGCCCGAGCAGCUGAGCUUUAAGCAAGGAGCCGCCGUAUCUAUUCCAUACUUCACGGCCUACAGGGCUCUGUUUCAGAAAGCACAGGGCAAACCCGGAGAGGUGGUCCUCGUACACGGUGCCAGUGGGGGAGUGGGGAUAGCAGCUUGUCAGAUUGCCAGAGCCAAUGGAUUCAAGGUAUUUGGGACUGCUGGCAGCCCCGAAGGAUUAAAUCUGGUUUUACAAAAUGGAGCCCACAAGGCGUUCAACCACAAGGAGAAGGAUUAUAUUGAGAAGAUCCAGGAGGCUGCAGGAGGAGAAGGGGUUAAUAUCAUCCUGGAGAUGUUGUCCAAUGUUAACCUGAGCAAUGACCUGAAACUCCUAUCAAAUGGCGGCCGAGUGAUUGUUAUUGGCUGCCGAGGUUCUAUUGAAAUUAACCCCAGAGAGACAAUGCCCAAGGAGUCCAGUAUCAUCGGGUGUUCACUCUUCAGCUCCACUAAGGAUGAUUGGAAGGAGGCCUCAGCUGCGCUCUUCGGGGGAAUGGAGAGCGGAUGGCUAAAACCAUUGAUUGGGCCUGAGUAUCCAUUGGAGAAAGCCCCUCAGGCCCAUCAAGACAUCAUCCAGAACAGCGGCGCCACCGGCAAGAUGAUCUUUGUCCUGUGAGCUGUCAAUCUGACUGCGACGAUAAAUCCCAGAUGUGAAAACCAACAUGGAGGAUCACCCGGUUCUUGUAUGGUGCUUGAUCAAAAUCUUUAAAAACAAAAAUAAGGCCCUGAUUUAUCAUCAGGGUAUUACGUGUCUUUAGAUAUGUCCAUUACUGCUAAUUUAGGGUAUGAUCACAUCUGCGGCAUGCCCGAUCCGGCACAAAUGUCGGCUGAACAAAGAAGUUGCAUGCAAUGUAUUUUGUCCAGCUGAAGUCUUGGAUUUGUGCCAGAAAGUGGCCGCCGGACCCCAUUAUAGUCAAUGGAGAUCCGGUGUUGAACUGUACAAUCUGACAAUUCUGUAUCCAGUGAAAUCCGGCCGGGUACUCUCUGCCAGAUCCACUGCCGCAUAUGCGACCCUACCCUGAGCAGCAGAUUCAUGUGAACCUUCCUGAUCCACCGACAAUCAGCCUAUUCAUCAUGGAGGCCAGAAAGCCUGGAGAAGGAGCUGAAUCAACUGAGGAUUUUUUUUGUGAAAAUAAU